AUUUAGUUCUUCUUUUCCUAGGUAAGACCAUGUCCACUAAUCGUAUAGUAAAUAUAAGAGACCAGGAGAACUCGGCUUCCGCUAAUGUUCCUGGGAAUCUAGUCAACAAGGAGAAUACUAAGCCGAUUCCUCCUAGAAUCUCAAAGAUACCUAGAAUUCCACUUGGUGGGAAGAACCAAAACUCUAAUCAAUUCAGUUUAAAUAGAUCACAAAGCUCAUUAGGACAAAAGGUUCCAUUAGCCAGAGAUACAUUUAGACCACCUUCAUUGGUUAAAUCCAAUUCGUCAUUGGGAUUCAUUCCUCCUCCAUCUGCAUCGUCUCAUCAAAUCACUGUCCAACGAGAUGUUCCUGAAAUUCACUCAAAACAACCAGUACAACAAAUUAAACCAUUGGGUCAAAAAUCAGAAAUUGUAACUCAAGCAAAACCGUCACUUCCUGAGAUUAAACCACAGCAGUCUAGUCAAAAUAAACGAGUAUUGUUGCAGCCUGUCAAGGAUGACUUGGCUGUCAAAAAGCCAAAAUUAGAAUCCACUACUAGAACUGACUCCUUGGUUAAACCGCAGCCAAUUGAGCGUCAACCGUUAGCAACAACCUUAGAACAAACCUUUUCAGCUAACACAGCUAAACUCCAUGCAUCCAAUAUCAUUGAAGAUGAUAUUAACAGAAACAACGUUGAUCCGGUAAAGAAGCAACCUGUCAACACCAGAUCUGGUUUAAAGGCUUUUCCCUUUGGUGAUGAAGUAGAAAUUACUCCAAGUGUAAGAGAAUUUAAUCCACAAUACCCAAUUGAACCAUUAAGUGAAACUGAUUUGCAAUUCUUCUCCACACCUAACACUAGUAGGUCAGAGUUUCCCGAAUACAAUCAACACGAAAUGAUCCUCAAUGCUGGCAUUCCGGAUGUUUCCCUUGACAUGAGUUUUGAAAGCGACGACAGUAAUAUCGAACACCAUGACGUUAAUUUGGGAAGAAUUGAGAUUGUUGACAAUGUCAACAAUUUCGACGAGGAUUCUGAAUUGGGAUUAUCCAUAGCUGAUUUGCAUACAUUAUUAGAUUGAGGUUAUACUUUUGUGUAUAUUAAUAGGAAUAAAACAUAGAAUCGUGAAUUCUUUAUAUCUA